AUGCUUCAAUUUCUAUAUUUUUUCUUUAUGCUACCGCUCACCAUCUUACAGUGGGGAGCAAAGGCGCUGUGCUUUGAGUUUGACACCGAGCCAUAUGCCCUGACUCGGGAUGGCAAGAUCAAGGCGAGCAUGCAGGAAGCUGGGGUGCGGGUGGUAACGCCAGUCAGCCACACCAUCUUCGAUCCUGCUAAAAUCAUCAACAAGAAUGGAGGCAAACCCCCUCUUACCUAUCAGGCUUUCUGCAAACGAAUAGGACAACCCUCACCGCCCGUCGGAUUCGCUCCAGACAAACUACCGCCCCUGCCAUCCCACCUCGCUCAAUGCGUGACUGUUAAAGCAGAAACAGACCUAGUUCCAGGAGGAGCAGUAGAGGAAGCAGGGAAGUUUGACUAUAUCGAGGUCUUUGAAGCAGUGCCUACAUUGAGCGAGCUGGGUUACUCGGAUGCGGAAGCUUUCCCAAAAGAGGACGUCACUCGUUUCCAAGGGGGGGAGACAGAGGCUUUACGCAGGCUUGACGACUGCCUCUCACGAACAAAAUGGGUGAAAGAGUUUGAGAAGCCCAAGGGUGAUCCCUCCGCCCUCGCCCCUCCUGCCACCACGGUUCUCUCUCCCUACCUCAAGUUUGGCUGCCUCUCCUCACGUCUCAUGUAUGCACGCAUUCAGGAGGUGCUUUCAAAACUGCCUGGCCACACAAAGCCGCCGGUGUCCCUGAUAGGCCAGCUGCUGUGGCGGGAGUUCUUUUACACAGCAGCGUAUGGCACGCCUCACUUUGACCGAAUGCAGGGCAGCAGCAUCUGCAGGCAGAUUCCUUGGAAGGUGGAUUCGGAGCUGCUGGCUGCGUGGCGAGAUGCGCAGACCGGCUUCCCUUGGAUCGACGCUAUCAUGGUGCAGCUCCGCCAGUGGGGGUGGAUGCACCAUCUGGCUCGCCACUGCGUCGCGUGCUUCCUCACUCGAGGAGAUCUGCUGGUGCACUGGGAGCUGGGCCGGGACGUCUUUGAUCGCCUGCUAGUUGAUGCGGAUUGGGCCAUCAACAACGGCAACUGGCUCUGGCUCUCCGCCUCUGCCUUCUUCUCCCAGUAUCACCGCAUCUACUCCCCCGUCACCUUUGGCAAGAAAUACGACCCCUCGGGGAAAUUCAUCCGCCAUUUCCUGCCUGUUCUCAAAGACAUGCCGUCGCAGUACAUUUACGAGCCAUGGACCGCCCCUCUCGCUGUGCAAUGCAGGGCCAAUUGCAUCAUUGGGAAGGACUACCCUCGUCCGAGCAGAAGGGAGGGCAAAAAAAAAUAUGGCACUGAUGGGAAGGAGGUAAUAGAAGAGGAGGAGAAUGGAGGGGUGAAGCAGAGACAAAGGGAUUCUGACUAUGAGACGUCUCAAAACAAGAAGGGAACAGAAGAGGAGGAAGGAGGGGGAGAGAUGGGGCGACGAGAUGCUACUGUGGUGGUGGUGGAUGGGGAGAGUAGCAUGUUGGUACUUGAAGGACUUGUGUUCUACUGUCAGGGCAGGGAAGGGAGAGGAGGGCGGAUUGAAAGGGGAGAGGGGGGAGAGAGGGGAGAGGGAGAGACAUCAGAUGGUGAAGGGAGAGGUGGCGACGGGGGGGGGAGAGGGUCGCGUGGUGCAAGUUUCCAGAGUUUUCAUGCAGGCGUGGAGGCUCCGUGUGCGCGUGUGGAGGUGGAUGUGUGUGCGUGGGUGAACCUGGCUACUGCAGCGCGGUCCGAUGAGCUUUGGGACUCGGUGGACUAUGGGGAGAUCUACAGCAUUGCACGGCGUCACGUUGAGAGCCAUCAACCCCCCCCACUCGCCUCCCUCGCCCUCCCUCCUCUCGCCCGCACCAUCGCCACCACCAUCCGCACAUCUCUCCCCCGUGUGAAGAGAGUCUGGAGUCUGGGUGUGACUGGCUGCUCCUGCUCCUGCCUCCCUGCCGGGGGUGGUUGGUUGGUAGCAGCUCUCUGUUUUUCUGCUCCUGUCGCAGCCCUCUGUGCUUCUGCUCCUGUCGCAGCCCUCUGUGCUUCUGCUCCUGUCCCAGCCCUCUGUGCUUCUGCUCCUGUCGCAGCCCUCUGUGCUUCUGCUCCUGUUGCAGCCCUCUGUGCUUCUGCUCCUGUCGCAGCCCUCUGUGCUUCUGCUCCUGUCGCAGCCCUCUGUGCUUCUGCUCCUGUCGCAGCCCUCUGUGCUUCUGCUCCUGUCGCAGCCCUCCGUGCUUCUGCUCCUGUCGCAGCCCGCUCUGCUUCUGCAGCACCCACAGGCAAGCUGGGCGAUGGCGUUCCACGUGCCUCCGACAAAGCUGGCCUUGGAGUCGACUCAAAAGCACCCACAGGCAGGCUGGGCGACGGCGUUUCAGGUGCCUCCGAAAAAGCUGGCCCUUUGCCUUUGUCAGUAGACAGCGUUUGA